AUGAAUCUUAUUAAAAUACCUCCACAAUGUUAUAUCCAUAUUUUAGAUACUAAUUUAAAUACAACAAGACUUCAAAUUGGACCAAUAACCUAUUUAUGCAAAGAGCAUGAAAAAACCAUUCAGGCUGGUCCAGUGAAGAUGCACAUCAUUCCAAAACAACACUAUUGUAUUAUUGAAAACCCUGUAAUUUUAAAAUCAAAUCAAACAGAUCCAGAGUUGGACAAACAUGGACAAGCAAAGUUAAAAUUUGGCCAAAGAGAAAUCAGAUUGGAACAAGUUGACCCAUUCCCUUUGUAUCCAGGAGAGAAGAUGGUCGGUGACAAAGUCCUCCCUAUGAAGGUUGUGAUGGACAACGAGGCAAUCAAGCUAAGAGCUCUCUGUGACUGUGUAUCCAAUGGAAAACCACACAAAGCCGGUGACGAGUGGCUAUUCAAGGGACCGGGAACCUACCAGCCAAAUGUCGAUGAGGAAAUAAUAGAAACCGUCAAAGCAAUCAUUUUAAAGGCGCAUCAGGCAUUAAAGCUGCGCGCCAAAAUCGAUUUUACUGACAGAGACAAUAAGAAGCGUAAAAGUGGUGAAGAAUGGCUUGUGACUGCUGAGGGUGCAUUCAUUGUCGAUCCAUAUGAAGAAGUGGUUGAGAGAAUGGAGGCAACCGUUCUCGACGAAAAGACUGCUGUUCAAGUUCAAGCAAUGAAGACAUUCGACGACAAUGGAGUCGAACGUAAGAAAGGAGAGCGUUGGUUACUAACCAACGAACAAACACCACUAUAUAUCCCACCACCAGAAGUCAAGAUUGAAUCGGUGGUGAACAUUACCGUUUUAGCAUCGAACGAAUUCGUUGUGAUUAGUGACUUCCAGGAUGAGGAUGGUGUCAAUCAAAUGGGAAAGAAAAAGCAAAUCGUUGGACCAUGCAACUUUUUCUUAAAGCCAGGUGAAAAAAUCGUGACAUUGGAAGCAGCCAAGGUUUUAAUGCCAGAGGAUGCUAUCUAUGUUACCGCUUUAGAGGAAUUCGAGGAUACAUUCAUGGAAGGUAAUCUAAUGAAGACAGUCACAAGAAAGGCAGGAACUCGUUGGUACGUCUAUGGACCCCAGAGUUACAUCAGACCCUUCUCAGUUAAGGAAAUCAGACAAGAUAAAGCAAUCAUCAGUUUGGAUGAGUGGAAUAUUCAUAUCUUUUCACCAAUAUACUUCUUCCUAGCUUUCUUCUUGGGUUGUUAUAUAUUUUUCAAACUAUUGGUCUAUAUUUGCAACAUCGUUGUAGUGUUAUUUGAUUGUGUGAAUGAGUGGUCUGUUUGUAUCGAUGUCGAGCUAUAA